CUCCCUCUGUGGUGAUGUCACUGGCUCAGUGCAGCUCAGCAUCCCUGCCUUAGUCAAUCAGCAGAGCCAUUUUGGCUUUUGGAUUGUGGAACACUUAAGCCCCAGCCCCCACGACGAAACACUGCAUAGCAGGCCCCGCAGUCCUUCUGGCUAUACCCCCGGCCAUAUACCCGGGUUUGUUUCUGCCUGGGGUACACCUGCUUCGCUAAGGGGGAGCAAGGCAGGCCAUCACUGCUGGGGAAGAACGUUGUGGAAACAACACAGAAGCAAGACGGAUCCAGUGAACAGAAUUACCCAUCGCAAACAGCCAAGCAAACGGGAAAUACAAAGGUAGCGACCCUCACUGGACGGGCCCCCCUCACUCAGGCGUUGCAGAGUGCUUGGCCAGUGGCACCAUGGCAGGCGCCUCAGUGAAGGUGGCGGUGCGAGUCCGCCCCUUCAACUCGCGGGAGAUCAGCAAAGAGAGCAAGUGCAUCAUCCAGAUGUCAGGGAACACCACCACUAUUAUCAACCCUAAGCAGCCCAAAGAGAAUAAGAGCUUCAACUUUGAUUAUUCCUACUGGUCACACACAUCGCCAGAAGACAUCAACUAUGCAUCCCAGCAACAAGUAUACAGAGACAUUGGGGAGGAAAUGCUGCUGCAUGCCUUUGAAGGCUACAAUGUCUGCAUCUUUGCCUAUGGACAGACUGGGGCUGGCAAGUCCUAUACCAUGAUGGGCAAGCAGGAAAAGGACCAGCAAGGAAUAAUCCCUCAGCUGUGUGAAGACCUUUUCACCAAGAUCAACGACAGCAAUAACGACAACAGUAUGUCCUACUCCGUGGAGGUGAGUUACAUGGAGAUCUAUUGUGAACGUGUGCGGGACCUGCUGAACCCCAAGAACAAGGGGAAUCUGCGCGUGAGAGAGCACCCCCUCAUGGGACCCUAUGUGGAGGACCUGUCCAAGCUAGCUGUCACCUCCUACAAUGACAUCCAGGACCUGAUGGACUCUGGAAACAAGGCCAGGACUGUGGCAGCCACCAACAUGAACGAGACCAGCAGCCGCUCCCAUGCCGUUUUCAACAUUAUCUUCACACAGAAACGUCACGAUGCUGAGACUGACAACACCUCUGAAAAGGUCAGCAAAAUCAGCCUGGUGGAUCUGGCUGGGAGCGAAAGGGCAGAUUCAACAGGAGCCAAAGGCACAAGGCUGAAGGAAGGAGCAAACAUCAACAAAUCCCUGACUACACUGGGGAAAGUUAUCUCUGCACUGGCUGAGGUGGAUUCUGGGCCAAACAAGAACAAGAAAAAGAAGAAGGUGGAGAGCUUUAUUCCAUACAGAGACUCUGUGUUGACAUGGCUACUGAGAGAGAAUCUGGGGGGAAACUCUCGCACAGCUAUGGUUGCGGCUCUCAGCCCAGCUGACAUAAACUACGAUGAAACCCUCAGCACCCUCAGGUAUGCUGAUCGGGCCAAGCAGAUCCGCUGUAAUGCCGUAAUCAACGAGGACCCCAACAACCGGCUGGUGCGCGAGCUGAAAGAGGAGGUGUCCCGGCUGAAGGAACUCCUCUACGCCCAAGGCCUGGGGGACAUUAUUGAGACAUAUCGGGGUCCUGGCACCGAGAUUGCUGGUUUGAAAUACUUAUCCGAUUACAAGAACAAUAACAAUAAUCUCCAAGCUGUCAGUCAAAGGGGUGAUCUCUCCACAGUGACCAAUGCCAUGACGGGUAUGAGCCCCUCCCCCUCUCUCUCCGCCCUGUCCAGCCGGGCCGGAUCCAUUAACAGUCUUCACGACCGCAUCAUGUUCAGCCCUGGCAGUGAGGAAGCCAUUGAACGGCUCAAGGAAACAGAAAAAAUUAUUGCUGAGCUCAAUGAAACUUGGGAAGAGAAACUGCGACGCACAGAGGCAAUUCGAAUGGAAAGAGAGGCCCUGUUGGCUGAGAUGGGUGUGGCUAUGCGGGAGGAUGGAGGCACCGUGGGAGUCUUUUCACCAAAGAAGACCCCUCAUCUGGUGAACCUCAAUGAGGACCCACUGAUGUCAGAAUGUCUGCUUUAUUACAUCAAAGAUGGGAUCACUAGGGUGGGGCGUGAGGAUGCCAGCAGCCGCCAGGACAUUGUUCUCAGUGGACAUUUCAUCAAAGAUGAGCACUGCACAUUCACUAGCACCACUGGCCCACUUGGAGAAGUAGCAGUCAUCCUGGAACCCUGUGAGGGGGCGGAGACCUAUGUCAACGGGAAGAGAGUGACAGAGCCCACCGUCCUCCGAUCAGGAAACCGCAUCAUCAUGGGAAAGAGCCAUGUGUUCCGCUUCAACCAUCCAGAGCAAGCGCGACAGGAAAGGGAGCGCACACCCUGCGCUGAGACCCCAGCCGAACCGGUGGACUGGGCGUUCGCCCAGAGGGAACUGCUGGAGAAGCAGGGAAUCGAUAUGAAGCAGGAGAUGGAGCAGAGGCUCCAGGAGCUAGAGGACCAGUACCGCAGAGAGAGAGAGGAAGCCAAUAACCUUCUUGAGCAACAGAGGCUGGAUUAUGAGAGCAAGCUGGAGGCCCUUCAGAAACAGGUAGAUCGUUAUUACCCGGAAGUCCCAGAGGAAGAAGAAGAACCGGAAGAGGAAGUGCAAUGGACAGAACGGGAGAUGGAGCUGGCGCUGUGGGCUUUCCGCAAGUGGAGGUGCUACCAGUUCACCUCCCUGAGAGACUUGCUGUGGGGGAAUGCCAUUUUCCUGAAGGAGGCCAAUGCCAUCAGUGUGGAGCUGAAGAAGAAGGUUCAGUUCCAGUUUGUACUGCUGACAGACACGCUGUACUCGCCGCUGCCCCCCGACCUUUUGCCACCUGAUGCGGCCAAAGACAGAGAGAAACGUCCCUUCCCUCGCACCAUUGUGGCUGUGGAGGUGCAGGACCAGAAGAAUGGGGCUACUCAUUACUGGACCCUGGAGAAACUCAAGCAGAGGCUUGACCUGAUGCGGGAGAUGUAUGACCGUGCGGCGGAAGUGCCCAGCAGUGCUAUUGAGGACUGUGACAAUGUGCUGACGGGCGGGGACCCAUUCUAUGACCGGUUCCCCUGGUUCCGCUUGGUGGGCAGGGCCUUUGUCUAUCUCAGUAAUCUGCUGUACCCUGUGCCGCUGGUGCACCGUGUUGCCAUUGUAAGUGAAAAGGGAGAGGUCAAGGGCUUCCUGAGGGUUGCUGUGCAAGCCAUUUCAGGUUCCUUGUGUUACCCUCCAGCUGAUGAGGAGGCCCCAGACUAUGGCUCUGGUGUUCGGCAAUCAGGGACUGCCAAAAUUUCUUUUGAGGACCAGCAGUUUGAGAAGUUCCAGACAGAGUCCUGCCCUGGAGGCAUGUCCCGUUCUGGGACAUCCCAGGAGGAGCUGCGCAUUGUGGAAGGAGAGGGGCAAAACUCUGAGAUGAGUCUUUCUGCAGAUGAGGUCAACAACAACACAUGUACAGCUAGUCCAGAGGACCUGGACAGCCCACUGAAGGCCAAUCAGGAGGGGUCCUUGGAUGGGUCCCUGGAGCACCUGAGGAUCGGCAGUGUCUUCACCUUCAGGGUGACAGUCUUACAGGCCUCCAGCAUAUCUGCAGAGUAUGCCGACAUCUUCUGCCAGUUCAACUUCAUCCACCGGCAUGAUGAGGCUUUCUCCACUGAGCCACUGAAGAACACUGGACGUGGACCUCCCCUGGGGUUCUACCAUGUGCAGAAUAUUGCAGUUGAGGUGACAAAAUCCUUUGUGGAGUACAUUAAAACCCAGCCCAUUGUUUUUGAGGUGUUUGGGCACUACCAAAAACAACCCUUCCCACCACUCUGCAAAGACCUUAUCAGUCCACUGCGCCCCUGUAGAAGGCAGUUCCCUCGAGUUAUGCCCCUUUCCAAACCAGUGCCUGCCACUAAGCUGACCACCCUGACUCGCUCCACGGCUGGGCCUUGCCACUGCAAGUAUGACCUCAUGGUAUUCUUCGAGAUCUGCGAGCUGGAGGCUAAUGGAGACUACAUCCCUGCAGUAGUGGAUCACAGAGGUGGUAUGCCUUGCCAUGGGACCUUCCUGUUGCACCAGGGCAUUCAGAGAAGAGUCACGGUGACCAUAGUGCAUGAGACAGGGAGUGAUAUUGAGUGGAAGGAAGUCAGGGAGCUGGUUGUGGGGCGCAUCCGCAAUACUCCAGAGGCUGACGAAACCAUCAUUGAUCCCAACAUCCUGUCUCUCAACAUCCUGUCUGCAGGAUACAUUCGCCCUAUGCAAGACGACAGACAGUUUCUUGAUUCGGAUAUGCCUAGCAUUUCGUUGGGAGUUGACCAUAGGACCUUCUACCGUUUUGAGGCUGCCUGGGAUAGCUCAAUGCACAACUCCCUCCUGCUGAAUCGCGUGACUCCGUAUGGAGAGAAAAUCUACAUGACCUUGUCUGCUUACCUGGAGAUGGAGAACUGUACCCAGCCCACAGUGAUAACCAAAGACUUCUGCAUGGUGUUUUACUCACGAGAUGCCAAACUUCCUGCUUCCCGCUCCAUCCGCAAUCUGUUUGGGAGUGGGAGCCUGAAGGCCUCAGAGAGUAACCGCGUCACUGGUGUUUAUGAAGUCAGUCUGUGUCACCUAGCAGAUGCAGGAAGCCCAGGUAUGCAACGGAGGCGCAGGAGGGUCCUGGAUACCUCAGUGGCAUAUGUCCGUGGGGAGGAGAACCUGGCAGGUUGGAGGCCACGCAGCGAUAGCCUCAUACUGGAUCACCAGUGGGAGCUGGAUAAACUGAGCCUGCUGCAAGAGGUGGAAAAGACCAGGCACUAUCUGCUCCUGAGGGAGAAGCUGGAGACCACACUAAUGCUGGGCCAGGAGUCACUGUCAUCCUGUGGCAGUGAAGAUCAGGGUGAAGCAUGUCAGUCCUCCUCAGAAAAUGGCAGUCUCGGGCCUAGCGUCACACUUGACAGCCCCAAUGAGCGGCAGAGAGAGCUGGCUGCUAAGUGUCUGCGUCUCCUCACUCACACCUUCAACAGGGAGUACAGCCACGUCUGUAUCAGUGCCAGUGAGAGCAAGCUUUCUGAGAUGUCGGUGACACUGUUGAGGGACUCCACCUCAGCCUCCACUCUGAGUACCCUGACCCCGUCCUCCACAUGUCCCUCAUUGGUGGAGGGACGCUACAGCAACACUGAGCUCAGAACCCCAAUGCCCCGGUCUCGCUCUGUCAGCCCUGAUCCUGACUCACUACAGGAAGGAGAGAUAAAGAAGUCCCCAAGUGGAGCUCUGGGGGCCAAAGCAAAAGCCCGCAUUUUUGUUCCUGACAUCCAGGAGAUCCGUGUCAGCCCUAUCGUGUCGAAAAAGGGGUACCUGCACUUCCUCGAGCCGCACACCAAUGGGUGGGUGAAGCGCUAUGUUGUGGUGCGUCGGCCGUACGUCUACAUUUACAACACAGAGAAGGACAGUGUGGAAAGAGCCAUCCUGAACCUGUCCUCUGCACAGGUGGAGUACAGCGAAGACCAGCAGGCCAUGCUCAAGACCCCCAACACCUUUGCAGUGUGCACUGAGCAUCGUGGGAUACUCCUUCAAGCCAGCAAUGACAAGGAAAUGCAUGACUGGUUGUAUGCCUUUAACCCUCUCCUUGCUGGAUCCAUCAGAUCAAAGCUUUCCAGGAGAAGAGCUGGACAGAUGAGGAUCUGAUAUGAGUGAUGAGACCCCGCCCCCAACAUGACUUGAGAAAAAGAGAAUGAGACAAAAUGAGAAAGACUAAUCCUGUAUAUAGAUCACCAGACCUAACACCCUGACCCUGUGCUGUAUCUGUCCUCCCCUGCAACUUGCCUGUUUCUGCACAUGCUCAGUUUAUUACAACCAACCAAAACUGUACGCAAGGCCCAAUGGUGCUCAACAUUGCUGCAUGUACGGCUUUGUAACCUAUGGGCUGAGUAAUCAGAACACCCAUUCUCAGGGCAACCAGGCCCUAGCUCACUAGAAUAUUCCACGUUAGGGGAGCGAAGGGGGGAGAGGAAUGGUGUCUUACUAGCUCCUUAUUUCUAGAGUGGCUGCCUGUAUAGAUAUCAGCAGUGCUUUAGACUGCCCUUUUUGAGCUCUGUAGUAAAUGAGCUUCAACCUACAGUGGUGUAAAUCAUUUCACCAUACAAACUACCCUGCCACAAAGCCAUAAAUGUAAUUUUCAUAGUAUCAGAGAGUGGGAAAAAACACAUACUUUUCCCACACAGCUCCUUUAGCUAGCAUAAAUUAGAAUAGGAACAUCUUAAACAUAGUGGUCUAUCUAUUAGUAUAGUGAAACAGUUCAUGGGUACCUCUGCAGCAGAGGUCAGUAUUUCAAGUCAGUGAAAAUCAAGUAUUUCUACAUUAAUUCCACAGGAUCUUCUUCAUCAUUUUAAAUGAUCAAAUUGGUACAUCAUAACUGACAGAGCCUUUGGAAAGCACUCCCUCUCCACAUUCCAUUUAAUUUCUACUACUGCUAAACUUUUUUGGACAGUGUAGGAUCCUUAAUAUUGAUAUAAUCUCCAGUGUCCUUUCAUAGAGAAGUUCUUAUUUUGUUAUUGUGCUCCAAGAUUUCGACAUACUCUGGCAAUAGGAGAAAUAUUUUGGCUUUGAAAAGCAUAAAUCCUCAUGUGCACCCACUUUCUCAUAAUAAGGUCCCAUAAUGCUCUGCCCACUCCUGAAAACAUAUUUGGUAGUUGUUAGCUCAGACAAGGCAAAGUCAUCAACUUCUGAUCUGUUUCUGUGAGCUUAUGCUACAUAAUUAUUUGCUUUAAUUGAUUUUUCUUUGCAUCUUUGAAAACAUGUACAUUCAAGUAUUUAACCAUAGAUUUGUUUCUUUGAAAUGUAUUUAUUUACAAAAACAUAUUUUUUAAUGAAGUACAGAAAAAUUUCUGCAUAUGGCACUUUUUAUUAUGUUUCCCCAACGUCUUAAUUGCCCUCAUUACUAACCAAAAAAAUAUAUUUUGGGGGGAAAGCUGAUACAGGGAUUGUAGCUGCUAUGUAGAUUGUUUAAACUAAAUAAUUCUACCAUUUAAUAUAUUGAAAAAUUACAUCUAAGCGUACAUCAGAUGUCUCUCUUAUACUAUUAAGACCAGCUCGUUAGCCACCAUCUAAGCAUCUGGGUAGAGUGUAUGAGGAUUGUGCACCAAAAAUCAAAAACACUGCUAUAAUAUCCUUGACAUUUUAAACAACAUAUGAUUAUGAUCUAUUCAAACAGAAGAGUCACGACUUCUAAAAUCAUGUAUGUCUAUACUGAAAUCUGUCAUAUUUUCUGAAACCACUAAAGUGCCCCAUUUGCAGGAAAUAAUAGGAUAUUGAGUCUGUGAUGGUUGUGAGUGAAAGUGUAUCUGUACACAUGUGGCAUUAGGAAGCACAUUUCUUUUCUUUAAUUGCUGCACCAACCUUUACCUUCUUAUGCUGCUGUCACGCCCCUGUUCAUAUCGACUGAUUUUGCCUGUCGUAUCAUCAUGUAGCAUCUAAUGCCCAUCUUCUAGCCUAUGAUCCACAGUAUGUAUACAGGCAAAUAUACAACACAUAGCAGGGGUACUGUUUGUAAAUUGAGUGUACAUGUUAAGAUUUGUCACAUAAAGCAUUUUAUAGACAUACUAGUGACAAGUAUCAAUGAUACAUUUAUACAAAUACGUAUUGAUAUAAUAUGAGAAUCCUAUCAACCCAUGGAUGCAUCCUAAUGUUAUUCCUGAGAAUGGAUGGAGCUUUUCUCCAGUCUUCUUGGCUCUAAGCCUCCUCCUUUCUUGUGAAACGUCUGAUAAUGGUCUUGCCUUUUCCACAAGUUCACAGCAGACAUUUUCUAGCCUAGCUUGGUUUUCUCUUGAUUUUUUUUGACACACUGUAUUGUCUGUCUUUCCGUCCCACUUUCGAUCAAGUUAACCAGAAGCAUUAAAACAAUUAUUUUCUUAUGUACUUAGCUUGUUCAUUACUCCUUCUAAAACCCUCAGUUUCAGAGCAUGUUGAAAUGCCUUGAAUCAAACGUGCGCUAUGUCCCUGAAUUCAGAGUUUAAGGGUAUUUUUAUUGUAUCUAAGUGGUGACUAAAACCAUUAAUUUUUUUUUGAUUCUGCAUUGGACAUUGUUAGUGGUAGCCAAUUAAUUUAUGAAGUAUACUGCUAAGAAAUUCAGAGAGGAAGUAAAAACAAACAUGUUUUACAGUGGUCAGCCAACGAGUAAAUAUUCACCUAUUCAACAUACAAGUAAACCGAUACUGUUCAUAAUAUAUGUGCACCAUCUUCUUUCCCUCAAGUUGACUAGGAAGAAACGAAUAAUAAUAAAUAUAUGUUGUAAAGACCCAUGAAACUACUGAAUGUGCCCAUAUGAAGCUUCACUGAUUCACACAUGUAGUCCUCAGGUGGCUGGUUUUGCCUUGUCAUCCAAAGCAGCAUCCUGUACAUAUUUUACCAAACACUUUGUCCAGUCAGUUUAAUAGAAGUGAUCAUCAGCUGUAAUUAUGUCUGUCCAAGGCAGGCAUAUCAUGUUAGAUUCUGGACCCCUCGUGUGUCUGAAUUAUAGGAAGCAAGCUGUGACUGGACAUGCCUUUGGCUGAGCAGCUAUUGGAGUACAGCCUGCAGCCCUAUUGCUUCCUGUGUGUUUUGACAGAGAUGCGGGAGUCAUCUGGAGAGAGCAGUUUGGUUGAAUUCCCCAGCUGCUUUUGACAGCACUGGGUAUAAAAGUGCGCCUGAGGCCAGCCAACCUACAGAGCGCACUUAGUUCAGUGAGUUCAUCUGCUCUUGGAAUGUAGGACAAAAUCCUGACAUGUAGUGGGGUAAAAAGUAUAGUCUGGGAGAAUUCAGUUGGAUUUUGCUUCAUCUAAAAAAUAGACUGCUUUAAAUCUGAUUAUAAAUAAAAGAAGAAUAAAACUUUUGAGUCAUCCUUCAAUACUAUAGGUGCAUUCCUUCCCCCUAUCAAUAUUUCUAGGCAUAUUUUGUUAAAAUCUUUACACAAUUUAGGGGGAUUGGAGACUUAACAGGCAUAAAUGUAUGUUUUCUUUUAUGGUCACAGUCUUGUUCCAUAAACCUUAUUAAGAUUUACUAAUUGAUUAUGCUUCAUAAUGAAACCCAGCAGAGAUUGAAUUGUUAUUUGGGAAAAUGUCUAUUAUGGCAUGCAGUGAAUAUCAAAUGAACUUACACAGUAUAAAACAGGGGUCUUUUAAAAUAUAUAUUUAAAUUCUAGAAAAGUAUUUUUAAGUCUUGGAGUCAAUAAUAUUUGAACAAUAACACUGGGUGCUAAAACAAUAUUCUUGCUAAAAUGGCAUUUUGUGACCACCCUAGUUGAGAAUUAGAGUAACAUUUUGCAUGGUUACCAUGGCAUAUUUACAAGUUAUUAAUGUCGGAUCUAUUAUCAGAUUGUCACACAUUAUCUUAUGUUUCCUGUCUAAGUAUUAUCUUUCAUACAUUACUCAUUGGCUGCUCUUAUGUUUGUAAUUUAAGUGGACAAUAUUGCGGUACUUUUGGGUUGAAAUGAAGGAAUACAGUUACAGUAUGGUGACAGAAAAAGACCUGGUACACCUAAUAAUGUAGAUAUGUAGCACUGAGCGCAUGUGUUAUAAUUGAGUUCUGUUUAUUGUUUGGUGCUUUGAACAAGUCAAAUAAACUGCUAAAUAACAAAGCUGUUAUAUCAUUGGUGUUGGCCUGAAUAACAACAAAUAUCCACUCAAGUAUACUACAUCUUUGUUACCAAACUGUGGUAUUGUCAGUGCACCAAAACAAAUGGGACAUAGACCAGAGGGGUUUUGUUGUACAAAAUUCACUUAUUUUAACCUGCUCAGUUCUGAGGCAGUUAACUUUGGAUGUGAUGUUCUAUACUUCCUACAUAUGCGAAAGUUACUUUUACUCCAUUCUCCCCUGACCAAGAACAGCCAUCACUCACCACACAUCCCAGCAAAUGUCUUCAAAGCAGCACGUUUUAAGUUAUUUUCCUUUAUUAUUUCUGUGCUUCCAUAUCUGAGUAAUACCCAAGGAUUCCUCCUCAUUAGCUAUGUUAAACUGAAUCUAUAAUAAGUUUCCAUUUUUCUUCAAGUUUCUAUUUUCUCUGUAUAUAAACACGAUUGCUGUGGACAGUGUAUUAUACAGCUGUAACCAGUUUGUACCAUCCUGAAUGGGCAGUAGUUUAAUCAAUGUCUUGAACUAUUUUGAGUGUUGGAGUUAAAGAGUCAAAUGUUUGUGUACACUUAACACAUUGUCGGAUGUUAAAUAAACGUGAAACUUAUGCAA